AUGAAUUUACCUUCCGCUGCCCGGUGUGAGGGCAAAAAUGCCCUUGCUGCAGACUUAGGAGUGAGGCUGAACGAGUUGUUGGGCAGAACUGUGAGCACCGACAGACCCUGGCUUGCGUGGCCGACCACUUGGAAAGGUUUGCAGGAAUCUGACGACCACCUUCUGCUGAGGGAAUACUUGACGAGCCCCCUGAUCCACAAGGAAAAGGUUGAAGAGGUUAGACGGCAGUUCAUUAAGGCGGCCAGGGCCAAGGAUAUUGUGAAGGAGGGAGUUGCCAUUUUCCUGGAGGGCGGAACAAGCGAUGAGUGGAUGCUGUAUUCUUCUGACUGCAACAAGGCGGCCUUUAGACAGGAGUCCUUUUUCCAGUACUUGAUUGGAAUAAAUGAACCGGACCUUCAUGCGGCAUAUAUUUUGGCGUCUGAAGAGAUUCUAUUGUUUACCCCAAAGGUCCCCAAUGACGCUCUAAGGUUCGUGGGCCCUCCGAAGGACCCCGCCUUUUACAGCAGUCGAUAUGCAGUGACAGACGUUUUUCAGGUGAAGGAGCCAAAAGAAGUAGAAGAAGAGCUACGGCGCCGGGGUAUACAUACACUGCAUGUGCUGAAAGGGGUGAACUCGGACAGCGGGAGGCCUGUGAGGCCUCCAAAGGCACUCAGCAGCUUUACAUCCUUUUCUGUCGACGAUGCGUCCCUUUAUGAAAUACUUGUGGAUUGCAGAGUCCGCAAGGGAGGAGACUUCAACGGCUAUGCCACAGAUAUCACAUUCACGUACCCCGCAAGCGGCAGCUUCACAGCACCCCAAAGAGCAAUAUAUGAGGCUGUACUGGAAGCACAGCGGGCAGUUAUUGAACGCAUGCGACCUGGUGCUGAAUGGACAGAACUUCAUCGAUUGGCCGAGCGCACUGUUCUCCAACAUUUGAAGGUCAGGAGAGAUCGCAAGGGCUAA